CCGUCCGCGCGGUGACAGUGCCUGCACAGUCCAGCUCCCUCACACGACGACCGGCGUCCGCCGCCGCCGCUGCUGCCGCGUCCCGAGUGUAUAACGCUGGCAACAGGAUGCCACCGAGUCUUCUAAGCAUCUGGAAGAAGAUAUUGUCUUAUGUACUAUGUGGCUGCCCCCAUAAAAAAGACAGGAUAAAGUACGCUGGAUAUUACAAUGCAAAUAAGAGGACUGUUACUGUAGAAACUCCCAGAUCUGGAAUACAGCGAAACAGUAAGAGGUUUACACCAAAGAAUGGUAGAAGAAAGAGAAUCCCUUCACAAGAUGAAUCUUGUGCUGGAACGGACAGAACAGAAAGAUGUAUAAGCAGCAGCAGCAGUGGGAGUGGACAAGAACCUGAUACUUGGGAACUAUUUAAUCUUCAUAAAAUGUGUGAAGUAUCAAAGAAUGGAAAAGUAUCUUGGCUUGAUAUUUCACUUACUAGGAUCAUGACAAUGAUUGAAACAGCAAUAAGGAAAGACACCUUAAAACCCAUUGAUAAUGAUGUUAAGUACACAUCAUCAGCUCUGGAUAUGAUGGAGCUCUUUUAUCAAUUGAAAAGGGCCACUUACAAACAAGGAGUAUCUUACAAAUGUGCCGCAAAAAUGCUGGAUGAUUUUUGUAGAUGUGUGCUCUUCUUCAUUGAUGAAAUUACCAAGAAGAUUAAGUCACUCCAGGAAGCUGAUGACAGCAAUAGGCCAUUCAAAGUUUCCCCUGAGAUGUGUUCUGGGAUUAAUUCAUCUGAAUAUGUUUAUCAGUCACUAGCUCCAUUUGUGACUGAAAUGAAAUUAGAAGAAAUUUUAUGGGAUCUAGGAUCUGCCCGUUCUGAAACGUUUGCAUCCCAGUGGUAUGAGACUGUAUCAAAUACUGUGGAACGCACAUCUGAAUCAGCACAGCAGAAAGUUCUACAUCAGCUUGACUCCAUAACAGAACGGAUGGAGCCAACUAUAAAAAAGCUUUUAUUGGAAGAAUCAAAAACACAUAAAUCACAACACUGUGAAGGAUUGGUAGAAUACCUAUCACAAAACUUUUUGAUUAUGCAUCUGCAACUUCAUGUACACCAUUUUGAACACAUGUUAACAUGUGUGUGGAACUGUUCUAUAAGCAGCACACGUGGGUUCCUAAAUGGAGUGAAAAAGAAUUCCAGAUGCACUUUCAAUAAAAAUAUAAGUGCAGCACUCCAAAGGUUACAGAGAUUUCUAAUGGGGCUCGAUGAAAGGAAAAAAGUUAUAUUCACAAGUAUUAAUGAUCUGCUGGCUCCAGAACUGAUUCAAGGAUCAUCUGAAUGUAUUCAUCGGUAUCAUUUGGAGAGAAUGUCUCAGCAGAAUUCACUAACUAGCACUGGUCUUGUUGCUGUGAAAAUGUGGUUUCUCAACAAUGUCCUCAAUGUAGAGAUUUUAAAUGCAAGGGACAUUAUACUACCACCCAAAAAAUCAAAUGCAAAUUGCAAUGCAUAUAUAAAGAUGCAACUCCUUCCCAAAGAAAAAUAUAAGUCUGUUGGGAAGAUGAAGACUAAGGUGCAGAAAAAUACAUUAUAUCCCAUAUUUGAUGAAACAUUCAAUGUUGAUCUCACAACAGAACAAUGCAAUUUCAAUAAUGCAGUCAUUAGGUUCACUCUAAAAAAGCAGUAGCAUAUUUACAAUGAGUGGAACUUUCUUGGGUGAGACAUUUGUCCUGCUCUCUCAAAUACCAUCUCUCAGUGAAUACCCACAGAUAACCGUGCCGCAGCAGCUUUUAAGAUUAACGCGGCCAAUAUCAACUGGGAGUUAUUCAUUUCAGGCUCUAAAAGGCUGUAAAAGUGAGAAGAUAAAGAAAUUUAUGAAGAAGGAGAAGCUAAAACUCAAACAAUGAAACCUCAUUAAAAAGGCUAACAGAGUUAUAGUGUUGAUACACUGGUAACUGACCUCAGUACAUGAAAUCUGUAGCUCAGAAAUGAAUAACAUAUGAUGCUAUGUGGUUCAUUUUGUCUAGUAUUUUAUAUUGCUGCAAGAGUGCGAGAAGUUACUAUUGUUGUAAGCUUUGAAGAACAGUUGUUAUCAACACCAAAUUUUGUGAAGAUUUUGUGUUCAGUACACAAUACACUGAUAAACUAGUGACUGACCUCAAGAUAUGAACAUCUAUUGCUCCAGAAAUGAAUUACAAAUGCCACAAUGUGGUUCAUUCAGUCAACUAUUUCUUAGUGCUGCAAGAGUGCUGGAAGUUAUUACUGUUGUAAGUUUUGAAGAACAAUUGUUCCCAACACCAAAUUGUGUGAAUAUGUUACUUUCAGUACAAGACAUUUUUGUGGAACACAGUGUAUGAGAUGAUACUCCAAUUCAGUAUUAUUGUGUGAUGAAAGCACAAAGGUGCUUCUUAAUGUGAUAUUUAUAAUACAUUUUGUAUUUUUUACAAAUUUUAACAAUUCUUGUACAUAAAUAAAAAAAUUUUCACCAGAA